AUGGGACGCGACGGCAGCAAUCUGGCGAAGCAAGAUGACUUCGAGCUCCUCCCACGCACAACUAUAGGAUUCACGCACCCGGAUACGUCGCAAACAGGCUAUCUCCAAGACCACUCUCUCGGAGAUCAUGGAUACGAUACUGGCAGAGCACCUCUCUGGAGGCGACUGCUACGCAACCUGAUAUACAUCCUGCCAAUUCUGGUGUCAUUUGUGUUCAUUGGGCUGCUUCUGGGCUACUCAAGCACGUUCACGGAGCAACUUGGCUACAAUGCCUGCUCGCCCACCGGUGAUUUCGUCCUACCAUUCACCACUUCGAUCUGGGACACGAAGAACUUCUUCACAAUCACGAUUCAGUUCGAGGGCCCGGACAAGGAUUAUUGCAGCUACUCGGACACCACAUCAUACACGCUCGGCUGCACCGGGUACACUUUCACCCAGGCAAAAGUAAUCGAUGUCGCCUGGGACCUACUGGUCGGUCGCGGAGGUCAGGCGGUGAUGGUCGUGUUCGCGUACCGCAUAUUCAGCGGCGUGCUUAGGAUGUUGAUGGAAAACGGAGAAGUAGGGUACGAUCUCUUUGCCACUGUAGCCUUUGGUUCCGGCAGUUUCACAUCGCUGCCCACGCUCUUGAAGCAUUCAAUCGGCAUGACUCCUAUUCCGCGGACUCGCCAUGCGAUACUGACUUACUGGGCGAUGCUGCUGACAACGAUUUGGAUUGUGGUCAUGCCGACCUUGAUCUCCGCCAUGACCGGCUAUACGUCGAGGUUUGCACCGUUCGUCAACUUCCCGUCGGACAGCCCGUACGCGACUGCCUAUGACACAUCUCUUGCGGACUGCAGCGAUAGGUUCUCCCCUGUCUGGGGUCGAAUGGGACUCAAUAAUGCGAUGACCAACUUCCAACCGCUGGGCGGCUUCUAUCCUAUCGUCGAUGGGGAGCAGGGAGCGUCCACAUAUGCUGGACCGGGUUGGGUGGACUAUUACGAGCGCUACCGUGACACCAUCUACUCCAAUUGUCCCGAGCAUCUCAACAUCUCUAGUUGUGAGGCGGCAAAGCAGCGCACUUGGGUCAUUGCCAACUACGGUGGCGCUUAUACCUCCAACGAUACCGUGCCUGCACCAGCACCAGGAAUCAUUCCGUACCCCGAGUUCCACAGCCCAUAUACGAAGAACCGUUACUGGGCCUGCGGCGAAAUGCUGGUGGAUGCGAGGCAAAUCACCAACUUCCAAAGCUCACAGUACGGCCAUUUUACCGUUUCGAAUCCGUCAACGACAGGGCUCUGUCGUGCUACGACCGGCUACGUUUGGGGUUUCAGCUUUUUGCUGACAUUUCUCACGGCGAUACUCAACUUGGUCAUCGUGCUGGUGAUGUAUGCGCUGUGGUUUGACGUGUGUCGGCAUCGGCGGGCGAAGGAGGGCCGUGGUACCAAGAGCUACGUUUCUGGCCAGUUCAAGGAUGCUGUGCAGAUGGUCAUGUCGGCGCAGCAGCAGUAUGGGAGUGGUAUUGCGGAGUGGGAUGCGAGGUCGCUGGAGAAGGAGGUUGUGAAGGGGAAUGUAGGUAUGGGUAUCGCGAACGAGAGAGAAGAUGGUCUUGUUCAGAGGAAGGGUAGUCAGCGAUCGGAGGAGUUGGGGGAUCCCAAUGGGGGCGACUGGGGAGGUGAUGUCGAGUUCAGGUGA